AUGCGGCUGAUCAACACUCAGACUCUAGCCCUGGAAUCCUUCGACGACGACAAGAUCCCCGAAGAUGCAAUUCUCUCUCACAGGUGGGAAGAGGGUGAAGUGCUGUUUGAGGAUGCGAGAAACGGGUACCCCACGGAGAAGCAAGGCUACGCAAAAAUUUGCAAUUCAACUCGGCAGGCACAACGUGACGGUCUUCGAUACAUCUGGGUCGACACUUGCUGCAUCAACAAGGAUAGCAGCUCCGAACUCUCAGAAGCUAUUAAUUCCAUGUAUGCGUGGUACAAGAAUUCGAAACAAUGCUACGCGUACCUCUCGGACGUUCACCUUCCACUAAAUGAAGCUGGUGUUGGCAAGAGCUUCGGACAAAGCGCAUGGUUUACUCGAGGGUGGACGUUACAGGAACUGAUUGCCCCAUCGAAAGUGGAUUUCUUUGACUGUUCGUGGAGGUAUAUCGGGACAAAAUUCUCGCUGCAGCCAUGGAUCACGGCCGCAACAGGUAUGGAAAUGAGGGCGUUGGACUCGCUAUAUCUGAACACGUAUUCGGUGGCACAGAGAAUGGCUUAG